GGCAGUUGAAAGCAAUACAUUCCUUUCGCAUUUGAGUUUUGAAUCUGUUGUAUCGUAGAAUUGGCGAUCGUACAAGUUGCUGUGAUAUGUUUAUUGUAGAUAUUAAGUCAGAUAUUUACGUACAUCUACAUACAGAUAUUCAAAAUGAAUGAUUCUUUCCUGGAAGAGUUAGAACUAAUACCAAAAGAAUCAAAAAAGACACCUCAGCAACCGGAUCGCCAUGUAACUACCAGGCAUGCUACUUCAUCUCCAUUAACUCAUUUCUUAGAACAAAAUGAGAGAGAUGAUAUUAUGCGACAGAAGGAACAUUUUACGAUAACAAUUCCAAGUACACCUAAUAUAAAAAUCAUAGAUAAUAAAGAAUCUUCUUCAAAAAAUUUCAAGAAACAAUCUGAUCAAAAUGUGAAAAAAUAUUCUGUGAAUGUAAAAGCGUCAGAGAAAACGGAGAAGAUUGCAGACAACAAAAGAAAGUCUUCGGAUAUGAAAAUAAAAAUGAGCAAUAGUAAUCAGCAGAGUAUUAGUGGAGAACAGAAAAUAAAACUUCAUGAGGUAAAAUAUUCUAAAGCAUCUGAAAACAAAGAUCGUAAACGACGUUCAGGAUCGUAUAAAGAAAUUACUUAUACUUUCUCUAAAGAGAAUAAACGUUCUCUUGAUUCUUCUAUUAAUAAUUCUUCAGAUACUUCUAGUAAGGAAAAUAGUCGUCCUUCUGAUUCUUCUAAGGAGGCUGGUCCUCAUAAUUCAAUUAAAGAAAAGGAAAAGUCAGUUGAUAAAUUGAGGAAAUCAGGUGUGAAAAUACAAGAUCAAGAUCCAGUUAUUUUACUUACUGCUAUCAAAGAAGUGAUAAGCACAUAUACCAAGCAAGAAAGUACAAAAAUUCUACGCGCUAUGCAGGAGCUACAUAUAAAUUCUCAAGCUACCUUGAUAAAAAAUCUCUUGAACCAAACAGAUGAUCUGGUUAAAGAAAUGCAUCCUAGCAAAGAGUCAGCUAGAAUGAAAGCAUUGAUUGAUGAGAAUGAGCAAUUACAUCAGGAGUUAAUGACUUUGCGAAUGCGAAACGAAAGUUUACAGAAUAAAUUAGAAGAACUUGAAUUUUUGAGACAAGAAAAUGCGACUUUAAAAUUAAAAUAUAACGAGCUAACUCAGACAUAAUAUACAAUUGCGUUAAAUAUUGGAC